AUGGCUGCUAGGGAAAAUGAGACUGUUCUUGAUGCCUACUUAGAGUCAACUAUUCUUCUUUACCUUGAUAUUCCUUAUUUCCUGAAUAAUCCUUGGUAUUUGUCUUUAUGGCGGCGUUACUAUGAGAUAAAGAAAGAUGCGGCUGUUCUCUUUCUGAUGUUUGAGCGUAAAGUUGGUUUGUUUGGCUCUUGGCUGUAUGUUGAGCUGUAUGAGCAUUUUCAGCGGCAGAAUUGUCCUUCUUGCGCCCAGGAGAUCAUUCGCGAGGGUUUGAAGUCCCAGGCGUAUCCUAGAGAGGAUUUACUCGACAAAGCCGUGGCUGUUGCUGAGAAGAAGCAUCCAUUGGAGAAGCCGGCGCGAAUUAACCUGUUUGGCCGUGAGUGGGUAAAGAAGAGCCGACUGGCCUAUGAUAGUGAGGCCUUUUUGGUGGGAGGAUAUCGACUGUCCUUCCUGGAGUACAAGAUAGUCCGAUAUAUAGAAGCAAGAGAGAGACUAAUUGAAGAAGAGACUGAAAAGGGUCUGAAUGAAGUGUCCUUGCUCUUUGGGUCGAGUCGAGUAGGCCAGUCUCAGCACAAGGCGGCCUUAGAUGAGAUUAUUGCCGGUGAAACUACAAGAACGGCUAUUGGAGAUGUGGAAAGUACGAGUAUUAAUGUGCUCGAAGAAACACGGGAUGAAAAGGUCUUACAAACUCACCGAGUAAGUGGUUCAGCCGCAGAUAAUGUAGACUCGAGUUGUCCGUCAAGACUUAACUCGGCAGCUGCCCAACUAAACCAACAAACUAUGAACCAGUUCAUGCCAGGUGCUGACUCUCUUAUUCUAAGCGAUCUUAAAGAGAUCUCCACGCCUCUAGUCAAACGACCUAAACUAGCAGAUCUUUCAGUUGAUGGCCAAGUAGGCAAUUUAGUAAACAACGAAGUAAGCACUCUAGCAAACAACACAAUACUAGCUCCAGUAGAUACCGUAAAUACUAAUCCUACCCAGAUUCCAACCGCGCAAACAAGUAUAUUGCUGGAAAGCAACCGGUCCUUGCUGAAUGACCUAGUUGGUAUAGUAGAUGAACUACCCACGGCUAGUCCAAUUGCCCGGCCAGAUACCCCGCCCCCCGUAAUCGACUCCGAGUUAAGUAAAACCCCAGCCCCUAUCUCUAUUCCAAUUCCACCCGCCCCGGGCGAUAAACUAGUCAUUGCUGGCACUCUUUAUAUUGCUAAAAAGACUCUUGGUGGCCAAACCUUCCUAGUAACUCGUAUUGCUCGACUAGGUGAUGGCCAUGUUACUCUUAAUGCUCGCGACUAUGCCCUGAAGGUUCGACCUCUUCCCCAAACUCCGGAGAUCGAGCUCAGCCGGCGUUUGAAAGCCAACUCACACUGUAUUCCCCUGGAAGAAGUAUUUGAAUCGAGUUGCCAGCUCCUUUGUCUCUUUCCUUAUCUCGAAAUGGGAUCACUUAAAACAGCCGUCCUUCUUCUAAAGAACCAAUACGGACAUUUACCUGAGGUACUAGCCGCCCAUUAUAUCCACCAGCUACUGCGUAUCAGUCAAGAUCUGGCCCAGCAAGGCAUUAGCCUUCUUAACUGCACAGAAGAUGACUUUGUUCUAGCCGCCGAGGAUAAUCGAAUUGAGCUCAAACUAGCCUCUUAUGGUAAUCUAGUCCCCACAGACGUAUCCUCGGCUUCUAAUUUAGCUACCAAUACCAAUACUAUGCCUGCCAUCACUUUCUUGACCACCAGCACCAACAUAGUCUAUUCAGGCGAGACUCUUCACCCCCAGCCAUCCGCUCAGUGGCAAGGUCGUCUGCAAAGCUACCUUACACAACCUAAAGAAUCCUCUGAGCUUCAGAACCUGUUUAUCUCCCAAGAGGUGUCCAUCUAUGAGUGCAGCUAG